GGUGUCGCUGAAAGGUUGGCAAGUCCCCGCAGUGCCUACAGGACACUGCUGUUCCUGCAAUCCAGACCUCCUCGAUGCCUCCUCCUGCUGGCAUUCCAGCAGGAUCCUUCUCCAGGAGUUCUCAGUCAGCUGCCUGCAAACCAGCCAGGGUUUUAUAGCUUUUGGGCUAUGCUGUUCUGCAAGUUCUAGCGCAGGUCUGCAGAAAUGAUCCGGCAAAUCGCUGCCGCAGCGUGUGAUUUUCUGUCUGCCACAUCUGCAAUGUAUUUUUAUCCAGAUAAACCCUGGCUGGUGACAGCUCAUCUGGGGAAUCUGAUCACCCAGUUAUCCAGAGGUGGAUACAUGGCAGCCCAUCCUUUGGCCACAACACUGCCACCAGGACGUCAGCUGGCUCCUUCCCUUCCUGGACAAGAGGAUAGUGAGAAGGAGGUGGACAAGGAGCCUGCAGCUUUUGCCUCAGCAGAAGCAAUCCACACGAGCUCUCUGCUGGGAGCUGAAGAAGCAGAUGAUGAGACAUUUCUCGUGUCUGACACCCUCAGCCAAAGCGCAGGCGCUCUGGACAAACCCAGGGCCGGGCUGCAGAAGAAAUGCCAGCUGACAGAGGAAGUGCUGGAGCAACUGAGGGGCAUUGUGAACGAGGGGGACCCCAAGACCAAAUACACUGAAUUUGUUCACAUUGGCCAAGGGGGUUUCGGGACUGUUUACAAAGCCAUCGACCCAGCCACAGGAGAUGUGGUGGCCCUAAAGAAGAUGCCUCUCCGCAAACGGAGCAGAAAGGAACUCGUUGUCAACGAGAUUCAGGUCAUGAAGGAAAACAGGCAUCCCAAUAUUGUCAAUUAUAUAGACAGCUACCUGGUGAAUGAAGACCUGUGGCUCGUGAUGGAAUAUGUGGAUGGAGGCACUUUAACCAGCGUUAUUGUCCGAGUCUUUAUGGAGGAAAGAAUGAUAGCUGCUAUCAGCAGGGAGUGCCUCAAAGCCCUGGAUUUCCUUCAUUCAAAGAACGUGAUCCAUAGAGAUGUCAAAAGUGACAAUAUUCUUCUCGGGAUGGACGGAUCUGUGAAACUGACUGAUUUUGGCCUGUGUGCUCAGCUGACCCUGGAGCGGAGCACACGGUGCACAGUGCUUGGCUCUCCUUACUGGGUAGCACCAGAAAUCCUGAAAAGAAAGGAAUAUGACACCCAAGUGGACAUCUGGGCCCUUGGGAUCGUGGCCAUUGAAAUGCUGGAGGGGGAACCUCCGUACUUUAAAGAAAGCCCUGUCCAGGCUCAGCGCCUGAUCGCCCGGAACAGGUACCCCCCUCUGAAGAUGCCCAGCAAGAUUUCAGUUCUGUUCCACGCCUUCCUGCACUCCUGCCUGGACACCGACCCCAGCGUCCGCUGGACAGCCAGCGAGCUCCUGCAGCAUCCAUUUUUACAAACAGCCACGAGUCUCUCUGUCCUGCCUGACGUGAUCCAUAUAGCCAGGAAAAUCUGUCGGGCCAUGGAAGCACUUCAUACCAGCAGUGCCAACCUAGAGGAAAAGAAGGAAUAAAAUUUUCACUCCUUUGGGAGAUUUGCUCCCUUCUCACCCAA